AUGUACGACCCAUUAGACAAUCAGAGCUACGUCAACAGUACGGCAUUCCACUUGCUUGUGCUGGAGCUCGUUCCCACUUCCAUCAGGGUAAGCAAACAGGUCAACGAGACGCGAAUUGGUGCCGACACCGAGUUCGAGCCCACCACGAUGGAAACACCCUUGUCGGACGCUGGCGACGAUAAGCCGGGCACGGUGGGUAUUCUUGAUUCUGCGGACGCCGGAAGUGACGAUGUGACGUUGAGGGUUGAAAACUACGGGUUUGACAUCGGAUUGAGGAUCUCGGAGUUGAUCAUGUUCAAGAGCUCGAACCAAAAGAUGGUCGACAUCUUAGAUAUCAUGAAGUUUGUGUGUCGCGAUGUGUGGAGAGUGUUGUACGGUAAGCAGAUGAGCAACUUGCGGACAAACCACCGGGGUACGUUUGUGUUGGUCGACAACAGCUACAAGUUGAUCGAGACGAUGAUGAGCGACAAGGGCGCCUUUGAUACGGUCAACAAAUGCAAGAAUUAUCUCUGGUUUCCAUGCGGCGUGAUUAGAGGUAUUCUCAUGAGUUUUGGCAUCGAGGCAGAGGUGCACGCAGAAGUGAAUCAGUUUCCAAGCGUAACGUUCAAUAUCCAAACGGGCAUCAACAAUUAA